CGCAGCCGCAGCAUCUUAAAUCCGAGCAGCAUCUCCCAGCACUGCGCAGCAUCCCGGGGCUGAGCGACACCGACACUCCAAACCUCACCGGCCACCACGCAGCAUGAAUUCACAUUCGUAGAAACCAUGAACGAUCGAGGUCGUGAGAAUUAAUUCAACGACUCGUCGUCUACGGUUCUCUCGUCUGGUAUACUCUAAUCUUUUUUUCCUCCUUCGCCCCCCGGACCGCACACGACGCGCCCCAAAGUCCUCAAAAUGGCCGAGAUCACCGACAUACGAGCUGCGUACGAUAUGUCCCCAGUACUUGCGGGCUUCAUCGGCGCUGGCGUACUGGUGGUUGCAGUGGUGGCCUUAAUCUUUGUGUGGACAUGCUGCCAAAAACGCUACAACCGGAUGAGCCAAAAGCUCCACAGUGUCCAUUCAGAGUGCGGUGACCCAUUGACAGACCCACCUUACAAGUUCAUCCACAUGCUGAAGGGCAUGAGCAUCUACCCCGAGGCACUUACUAGCAGCAAGCGAAUUGUGCGACUUGUACGUCGAGUUGGCGGAAAUAACAGUGAUGUUGAGCGAGAAGGCAAGGGCUGUCCUGUUGUGCUGGUGGACGUGGGUGCAGAGAAAAGUCCAAUGGUGACACCUCAGUUUGAGGUAGGUGCUUUAGAUGAGAGCGCUCAGCCAAUUCCGCGACUGGAGAAGGAGCUUCCUGUUCGAGCGGACUACUGCUGCCUGGAGAACAGCUCAAGCAGUGGCAGCUCAAGCACCACGGCCUCCAACAGUGCCACACCUUUCACUGAUGAGGCCGAUCGCGGGACCCUCAGCCUCAACCUCGACUACAAUUUCCCCAAGAAGGCUCUGGUGGUUACUGUACUGGAGGCACGAGGGUUACGUGCUGUAGAUGGCCAAGCUGGCAGUGCGGACCCUUACAUCAAGAUGACCAUCUUGCCUGAGAAGAAGCACAGAGUAAAGACCCGCGUCCUGCGCAAGACACUCGAGCCCGCCUUUGACGAGACCUUCACGUUUUAUGGUGUGCCGUACAGCUCGCUGUCGGAGCUCACUCUGCACUUCCUCGUGUUGAGCUUCGACCGCUUUGCUCGCGAUGAUGUGAUCGGCGAGGCGCUGGUGCCACUUACUGGUGUGGACCUCAGCACAGGCAAAGUGCAAAUCACACAACCAAUCAGCAAGAGGAGCAUGCAGUGUGUGAGCCGUGGUGAGCUGCUGGUGUCUCUUUCGUAUCAGCCUGUCUCCCAUAGACUCAGUGUGGUAGUGCUGAAAGCUAGACACCUUCCUAAACUGGACAUUACUGGCCUAGCUGGAAACCCGUAUGUGAAAGUGAACGUGUUCUACAACCGCAAGCGCAUCGCCAAGAAGAAGACUCACGUGAAGAAGUGCACGCAGAAUCCUGUUUUUAACGAGUCCUUCAUCUACGAUGUCCCUGCUGAUCUGCUGCCCGACAUCUCUAUCGAGUUUCUGGUUAUGGACUUUGACCGCACCACUAAGAACCAGGCCGUGGGGCGUCUGGUGCUGGGAACACACAGUCCCUGCCCCUCUGGUGCCACCCACUGGCAAGAGGUCUGCCAAAACCCACGCCGACAAAUCUCCAAAUGGCACGGCCUUGCUGAGUAUUGAGGUUCCUCCAGUCUGCUCUGCACACACGUGAAAACAAAAAACAUACACAUAUAUACAGUACACACAAUAAUGAUAGACACAAACACGAGGGACACCUCAAGGCCCUAAGAGAGACAUCUCGCCAUAUCAUGUCUUUACAAAAAAAUAAGACAAAAGGAAGACAAUGAUUUAGAGCACUUCAUAUGGACUUAAAAAACACAAUGAACUUCUGCAACAGCUACGUAGUAAUAGUUAUCAAAUAGUCUUUUCUAAAGAGUGCUGUUUUAGCCAUCAGCCGACACAUACUCUCCUACACAAAUGUGCAUACAUACACACACACACACACACACACACACACACACACACACACACACACACACACUAACAGACCAAUAGUAACUUAAGAGACCAAAAUAUUGCUAUGUAAACACUUUUGAGACUGUUACAAGUACACACUUCUGAACUUAGCAUUGAUUGUAUGUAUGUUUAAAUUCAAGUGUAACGUCUGCGUCCACAGAACUCACUACAUUGCAGUAGUUCACUGUACCGCAUGUCUGAUUAAAACGAGAUUUACUGUAGAAAUUCAAGCAACCAAGUGAACUGCAGUCAGUUCUGAGUAGUCACAAGAUGUAUCAUGACAUUUCAAUUCACUUAACAAAAAAAAUCAUGCUGCCCUUUUUCUUAGCAUGUGAGUGAUGAUGGUGAUUAGGAUGAAGCUGAGCCCUUGUGAAGAUGUGCUGAAUUUUAGGAAAAUUAAUUUUUCCUUACAGUCCAUGCACCAUACUGUUAAUGGACACUUCACUGUCACAACAUCUCUAAAGUCACACAUGCUCCAUGUAGCCACUUUUAUAAUUUUCUGUCUUUCGAUACUAUCUCUUAAUGUCUCUGUAAAUACUGUACAAAAUGUAAAAGGGCACUGGAGUGUAUUUCAUAGGUAUUGUAUUAUAUGCACUGAAUGCCAGUGGCAUGAUCUUUUUUUUUAUAUGGUGUGGCAUUAUUCCUAAAAAGCCUGGAGUCUGUAACAGGUUUGUUAGAUCUAAAUGUACACUGAAAAGACAACGGUCUGCUUUCCUACAGUGAGUUGUUCAAGGUACUGAACAUUUAGUCUAUUUCUGAUCCACACACAGCUGUCAAAGCAUACACCAUACAGCAUACAGUCCCUCCAUUACUCUCCAUCAAAGCUCAUAAUUAUAUUCAAAGUCCUCUUUAGAUAGCUCCUGCACUGGCUACAUUGACUGAUCUUUAUGUGGUCAUAUAAUGAAUGUGAAAGCAACUAGUUAUAUACUGACUGGAAACUUUUGAUUGUUAAUGAUUUGUGGCAUCUCAUUACACAAAUUGAACACGUCCUCUGCUGUGGUCUCAGCGACAAUUUUAAAUGCAAGAGUAAUGGAAAAAAGUGCUGUUUAAUAUUACAUAAAAAAUGUUAAGGUAGUCAGGGUUAGUUGGAGGGACUUUUGUGCUGACAUAAUAAAACAGAUAAUAAGAAUAACUUGACUUACAUUGCGAACAAACUUUCGGUGACUUUUAAUAUAACACAUGACCAUGUAUGUUGGUGUUCUUAAACACACUGAAUAAACACACUGAAAUUAAAUGUGGUACAAAAUGAAA